AUGGGUAAAGAGAAAACUCAUAUCAAUAUCGUGGUCAUCGGUCACGUCGACUCCGGCAAGUCGACCACCACCGGUCAUCUCAUCUAUAAAUGCGGCGGUAUCGACAAGCGGACCAUUGAGAAGUUCGAAAAGGAGGCCCAGGAAAUGGGUAAAGGCUCCUUCAAGUAUGCUUGGGUACUGGACAAGUUGAAGGCCGAGCGUGAGCGUGGUAUCACCAUCGACAUCGCUCUCUGGAAGUUCGAAACCUCGAAGUACUAUGUGACCAUCAUUGACGCUCCGGGCCAUAGAGACUUCAUCAAAAACAUGAUUACCGGUACCUCGCAGGCCGACUGUGCCGUACUGAUCGUAGCCGCCGGAACUGGCGAGUUCGAAGCGGGAAUUAGUAAGAACGGCCAAACCCGCGAACAUGCCUUGCUCGCCUUCACGCUCGGCGUGAAGCAACUGAUCGUCGGCGUAAAUAAGAUGGAUUCCACUGAACCACCGUACCAUGAGGCUCGCUACGAAGAAAUCAAGAAGGAGGUGUCCUCCUAUAUCAAGAAGAUCGGCUAUAACCCUGCCACGGUGGCGUUCGUGCCGAUCUCGGGCUGGCACGGGGACAACAUGCUGGAGCCGUCGGACAAGAUGCCUUGGUUCAAGGGGUGGACCAUCGAACGUAAGGACGGCAAGGUUGAGGGCAAGUGCCUCAUUGAGGCUCUGGACGCGAUCCAGCCUCCGUCCCGUCCCACGGAGAAGCCGCUGCGGCUGCCGCUACAGGACGUGUACAAGAUCGGCGGCAUCGGCACAGUGCCUGUCGGCCGCGUUGAGACCGGUAUACUCAAGCCCGGUAUGGUCGUUGUUUUCGCGCCCGCUGCCAUCACGACCGAGGUGAAGUCUGUGGAGAUGCACCACGAGGCGCUGCAGGAGGCCAUGCCCGGCGACAACGUUGGCUUCAACGUGAAGAACGUAUCGGUGAAGGAGUUGCGCCGUGGCUAUGUUGCAGGGGACUCCAAGAUAUCUCCUCCCAAGGGGGCUUCUGACUUUACUGCUCAGGUGAUUGUGCUGAAUCACCCGGGACAAAUUAGCAACGGCUACACGCCAGUGCUGGACUGUCACACAGCUCACAUCGCCUGCAAGUUUGCCGAGAUUAAGGAGAAGUGCGAUCGCCGUACCGGUAAGACCACGGAGGUGGAGCCGAAGUCCAUCAAGUCUGGCGAUGCGGCCAUCGUGACGCUGGUGCCGACCAAGCCGCUGUGCGUGGAGUCGUUCCAGGAGUUCCCGCCGCUCGGCCGCUUCGCCGUACGCGACAUGCGCCAAACCGUCGCAGUCGGCGUCAUCAAGAGCGUUACAUUCAAGGAGGUAACUACGGGUAAAAUUACCAAAGCCGCCGAGAAGGCCCAGAAGAAAAAAUAA